AUGGCUGGUCUUCAACAAUACAACUUUUUCCCCACUGAUCUCUUUUACCCUCGUCCACAACCUCAUCAAUCUACUACUGCUUCUCCCACAGUCCUUCCCCUCCAGACACCAAAUACUGAAGAUAAUCGUCAGAAUCAACAACAACAACAACGACAACCAUCUAGUACCAUGAUGAAACCCACCCCUUCGACUUCUUCUUUGGUUUAUACCCACAAGACACAAUCUUUUGAUGUUGUUGACAAUAACAAAUCUAAAUUGUCACCAAACCCACUUUCUUUUAUGGUUUGGAUUGAUGAGGAAGGUGAAGAAUAA